AGGUUUAUUCUACUCUCUCCAUUAAAAAAACAACUUUAAUAAUUUACUGCGCAAAGCUUUGUUCUCAAUUUGCCAGCCCUGGGCACUGGGACUAAAUUUCGACGAUUCCAGCUCAUUAAGGGUAUAAAUAAAACCACAAAAUUUCGGGUGCCUCAUACAUUUUUUAAAUUUCGGCAAAACCGCGGUCAUUUUUUACUGGAUAGCUGUCGUCUUUACUCUUUGAACGGAUUAAAGUAGCCAAAAUGGAGUCGGAUAUACAAAAUUGCUUUAGGAGCAAAACAAUAUUCCUAACAGGAGCCACAGGGUUUUUGGGAAAAGUUGUUAUUGAAAAGAUUCUGCGCACCACCGAAGUGAAGCGAAUUUAUGUACUGGUUAGACCCAAACGGGGAGUAGAUAUUCAGGAGCGCAUGGCUGCUUGGUCCAAAGAUCCGAUCUUCGGAGUGUUACUUAAAUCCAAACCAGAGGCCCUACAACGUAUUUCCCCCAUAUUCGGAGACUGCCGGGACUCAAACCUGGGUAUUCGAGAGAUUGACAGAAGACUGCUGGCAGCCGAAGUGCAGAUCGUGAUUCAUGGGGCUGCUACAGUCCGGUUUAACGAACCCCUACACGUGGCUUUGGCCAUUAAUACUCGUGCCACGCGGUCAAUGAUCCACCUGGCCAAGGAAAUGAAGCAACUUGAAGUCUUUUUGCACAUCUCAACCGCGUUUUCUAACUGUGUUUUGUUGCACGUCGAAGAGAAGUUCUAUCCCGAGCACUUGACCUGCACCUCGGACAAGGUUCUGGCCAUUAGCGAGAUGGUGAGUGAUGAAGUGCUUGAUCAGAUGGAGCCGGCUUUGGUUGGGCAGUUUCCCAACACCUACACUUACACAAAGGCCCUGGCUGAGGAUAUCAUUCUGAGGGAGGCGUGCGACCUACCCGUAUGCAUCUUUAGACCGGCAAUCAUCAUUGCAACUCACAAGGAGCCCGUCACCGGCUGGAUAGACAACAUGUACGGACCGAUCGCCAUUCUAUACGGAGUGGCCAAGGGGGUGCUCCGGGUGGCCCUAAUUAACAAGGAUGCCCAGGCGAGCCUAGUGCCUGUGGACUACUGCGCCAACUUGACAAUUGCCUGUGCCUGGAAAACCAUCGAUGAAAAUCAGAAGGGUAGGAGGCAGAAGGAGACGCCGAUCUACCAAUUAUCCGUCGAUGACGGGAACAAGCUCAGUCACGGGGACUUUAUCGAAUACGCUCUCGACGGCCGUCAACAGUGUCCUUUGACAAGGACGCUCUGGUAUCCGUUCAUCGUCUGCCUGUCUAGUCCUCGGUUUUUCCCUAUAGCAACCUUUUUUCUGCACACCAUUCCCGGCUAUUUCAUUGACAUUGUGCUCCGACUAAGAGGCCGAAAACCUCGACUUUUGAACAUUUACAGGAGGGUUCAUAAGAUGCUUAGUGUCCUAGGACCAUUCUCAAAAAACUCCUGGGUGUUUGAUAUGCGCAACACCGAUCAUCUACGCGAGCUAAUGUCCGAGGAGGACCGCAGGAUGUACGCCUUUGACAUGGAUAGGCUGGACUGGCAGGCGUACUUCCGGAAUGCUCUCUUGGGCAUGCGUCUCUAUUUGGGCAAGGAAGCCCCAACUGCCUUGUCACUAUCCCAAGGACUUCAGUUAUCAGAAAGACUCAAGAUAAUCCAUUAUUCUCUGAUGAUCCUUCUUUGCUGGGUAGCAGGAUUUAUUUUAUUUUGGUUGAUGAAACUUAUAGUUAAAUUUUAAUACAUUUUAUAAAUGAAAGAAACAAUUUCU